UGUCAGCUUCCUGGAGCCAUUUUUCCAGCGAGCGGCGCAGCGCUUCGGCUCCGGUUUUAAAUCCAAACCAUCUGCGCUUGUGCCGGACUAAUAUACCCCCAAACGUGGCCAUAUCGAUAGUUAAGAGUCUCAUCUGCUGAUUGGGGCCGAUAUUGAUGAUAUAAGCGCGGCGUGUAGGUGCAAAAAGAGUGUUUAAACCGAGGAGGGACAAAAGGACGGCCCCCCUACUCGAGUCCACGACGAUGAGAAGAGGGAUCUCCUCAGCCCCGGAGAAAGUCAUAAUCGCAGGGGUUGGAGGCUCCUCGCUGGACAAAACCGCGGUGUUGACGGCCCUGUCCGACCGCCUGACCUCUCAUCUCCCCGCCACAGCUUAUAUCCAAAUAAUAACCCCGCCGCCGGGCAUUUCUCAGACCUCCGCCGUGUGUCUGUCUGAGGCUCCGACUGCCAGUUUGUACACAACCCCGCACGGGAACAACGGAGCCGGACUACGACCUGCCCUGGGACGCCCUCCGGCGAAGAGACGCUUGGCUUUGGAUGAUGCAGACCACUUGUACACCGCUGAAGUUGCCAAAACUCCUAAGACGCAAAAUGGAGCACCGCUAGCUGUGCUGAAGGGCAACAAAACACCAAAGUCUCCAUCAGAGAAGACGCGAUACGACACCUCUCUGGGUCUCCUGACGAAGAAGUUUGUGCAGCUCUUAGGCCAGUCGUCCGACGGGGUGGUGGACCUGAACCAAGCAGCUGAAGUCCUCAAUGUCCAGAAGAGACGGCUCUAUGACAUCACCAAUGUCUUGGAGGGGGUUCAUCUAAUCAAGAAGAAAUCGAAAAACAACAUACAAUGGAUGGGCUGUAACCUGUCAGAGGUUGGUGGGGUAUUGACCCAGAAGCAGACCCUAAGCAGUGAGGUGGCUCAGCUGGUGCAGGAGGAACGCCGGCUGGACGAGCUGAUCCAGAGAUGCACCCUGGAGGUGAAGCAGAUGACUGAGUCAUCAAAUGGACAAAAAUUCGCUUACGUGACGUAUCAAGACCUGCGGCGGGACCAGGACCUAAAGGAUCAGACGGUCAUAGUAGUCAGAGCGCCGUCUGGGACCAAGUUGGAGGUGCCUGAUCCACAAGAGGGUCUACAGGUACAUCUAACCAGUACAAAGGGUCCUAUAGAUGUCUUCCUGUGUCCGGAUGAAAAUACCCCCGACAGUCCAGUGAAGAAUGAAGGCUUGCGCUUGAACGGAGAGUCAUCACCUUUCAUGAAGGUGUUAGAAGACGCAAACACAAGUUCUGGCCCUGCAGUAACGGUCACCAGCUUAUCGCCCAUCACAUCUCCAUUCACCAGCCUCCUACAGCAGACAGAAGACCAGAUCUCCUAUGGCGAGGCACCCUUCAUCAGCCUGGGCUCACCCCCUCUCAGCGAGGACUACCUCAUGAGCCUGGGUGAAGGAGAGGGCAUCAGUGACCUCUUUGAUGACCUGGAUAGACUGCCGAACCUGGAUGACCUUCUCUGCAACUGAGUGUUCAUGAGUCUCUGAGACUCCAUUUUGGGUUCAGAUGUUCAAUUUGGGACAAGGAGCUCAGCCUUCUGAGGUGACUCGGAUCUGUCGUGCUUGCAUUGGCCAAUGCAAUCAUCUCACACAUGGCCUCGGCUUGGUUUUACAGGUUUUCUUCUCAAUCUGUAUAUCCUUACCUGUUCAGCAGUGUAUGUGUGUAUAUAGGACCUGUUUUCCAAAUGGAUACCAGAAUGUCCUCAAUGAAAUCAUCAUUCUUUCAAGAGGCCUUACGAUUCAUCAGUGGUGACUAAUGCAUCGGAAAUAUGUUCUCUGGAUCACUUGAGUGAACAAGUGAGUUGGAGAAAGUGAAGUUCUGUGUGGAACUACACAGGUUUUUUUUUUCUUCUCUGCUUUGUAUAGAAAUGAUAUACACUAGCAGAGUAAAUCUGUGGUCAACCUCAAAACCACAAAUUUUUAAUCAGGGGACUCAUCUGUGGAAAUAUCUUGUCUGCACUUGUUGCAGAUUCAUGCACUCCCUUUUGAAUGAGAUCAGUGGUCACCUUGAGCCUUUCUGAUCAUUUGAAAGCUGUUGGACUAAUGACGUGUUAUAGGGCUAAAUGGCACUGCAUUCAUCUUCAUGGAGGAACGGCAUGCUCGGACACUGGCAGGAUUACCAACUGAAGUGACUUAAAAAUAAGGGAUCUGCUUGACCAGUGGCUGGUUCCAUUUCAAUGUUGGAAGUGCACUUUAGAUCUUUUUUCCUGGAUGUAUGCUUACUGUGCCGCCAUCCAAAAGAAAAGAAAAUCAGUUCUAGGCAAUUUUACAGAGUGGACGUUUUUUUACUACUGUGUGAAGGGAAAUUACUAGUAUUUUCAAUUUAGUGUGUUCAUAUAAAUUUUCCUUUUCGCCAUUUAGGUUGUCAUUGGAUAUUCUCAGCUUUGUUGUUAAGCUGUGAUGUUAAAAGUAUAAAAUGUCUUUUCUAAGUCAGGCUUGAUCAACUUAAAAUGCAAGGCAGGUGUCCUUGAUGUGUGAAAAGUGUGGUACUGUGCUGUAGGCUUUAUCUAAUUCAGGAUAAUGCUUGGUCUUACUUAUACCAAAACCCUGUUUGACUCAAUCCCCUGAAAUUUAAACAUUCAUUAGCUACUUGUUGACCAUUAUGUUUGUCAACAUCAUGCAUCUACAGACCACAAUGUACUGUUUCAGCAUUGCCAUACACAAGUUUCAUCAUAGGAUGUGCACUGUCAAUUAAGACUAAAUAAACCAUACAAAUCCAGCUAGAACUUGCAUUAUGCUGAAAGCAAAUCCAUACUAUUGUCACUGUCCGUGAUGUAUCUUCCAAUGGCGUAUAAUAAUUGAUCCAUAUCAUUUAUUUGAAUCCCAAUCCUCGAUACACACAUUUUCAAUAUAUUUUAGACAAUUCAUUUCUGGAGAAUUCUGGUAAAAGAAAAACCUGCAUUUCAUGCUAUGGCAGUAUUCACAAUCAGUCAACUUUACAACCACUACUUUUUUCUCCACUGAGAAAAUAGGACAUUUCAGACUGAAGUCCUCAUGUUUCUCUGCGUACUUUAUCCACUCCGCCCCCCCCCCCCGGCCCCUGUUCUUUAAUGGUCAUGACCCCACAGUGAACGUUUUAUUUGAGUGAUUGUUGGGUCAUUCUCAGCACUUUAGUGACACUGACAUGGUGGUGGUGUGUUAAUGUGGAGACAGCAGGGCUGAUGGAGGUUUUAAACACCUCAGCGUCACUACUGGACUGAGUAGUUCACCGGCAGAGUCCAACACAAACUGCAACAACAGACUUCACAUCUACAAGGUAGAAUAGCUACACAAGAGCAUCUAAUAGGGUGGGCAGUGAGUGUUUUUAACUCCAGCAGCACUGCAUCUGAUUCACUAAUACCAGAACAACACACCACACCACCACCAACAACAUGUCAGUGUAACUCUAGUGCUAAGAAUAACCCGCCACCCAAAUAACAGCUGCUCUGUGGUCGUCAUGUGGGGUCUUGACCAUUUAACUGUGAAAGGAGGAGGAUAAAAGUGUGCUGAGACACAGGAGGACCAUAGUCUGUGAUUUUUAGAAAUACAAAUGGUAUUAUUAUGAAUUUUUUUUUUAUCUCCACUUAGCAAAAUGAGUGUAGAAACAAGGUGGUAAAACGGUAUUCCUGAUUGUGUUAUAUUGCGAUAAGUCUUUAUCCCCCCCCCCCCCCCCCCCAAUGUUUGGCAGCCAUAGUACAGAAGAGGGUGGAAAACCUAUACUACCUAUACUAUAGUCUGAUUGGAAGUACCUGCUUUUAAAUCAUGCGAACAAACUGGUGUUUAGGCUGUGCUUUUUAAAGAAAAAAGAAAAUUGUGUGCAGUCCUUUUAAAAAUCCUUUUAUUAUUUUUUUUUAUUAUCCCAAACUCAUUGACACUGUCUUUACCUACCUACAAAACAAUAUAAAUUGGAGGGGGUGGCUAUUGGUUCAGAAGCACUAGCACUAGAUACUGCCUUUCCCCGCUGUUGUUUUUAGAUGUUUAAGGUGUACUCAGCUGCUCUCCUGUGUUUGUUGUUUCCCCAUCUUGCAUCAUGUAGAUGCUACUUGCAUCACUUAACAUUGUAAUGUUUUUCCUCAAAUGUUACAAGCUUCUGUUGCUCAGCUCAAAUGAAUAAGUCUGCGUUGAUUAGAUGAUUGAUUUAGACUUUCCAUUUUUAGAUUCAGCUUUUCUAAAACUGAGUUCUUGUAUAAAUCUAUUUGAGUAUAGUUGCUCGUUUGAGCCACAGGGUGUCACUGAUUCAGUGCUUGAUGCUUUGUGCCUUCAGCAGUUUUGUGGUUCACUCUUUAAAAUGAGUUUUCCGGUGUUUGCGCUUGUAAAAGAAAGAUGAGGCAGUGUUGAAUCCUGAUGCAUGUUCUGAUUUAAUUAGUUUGAGAUGGAUGCAGUUUUUCAAAAAAAAAAAAAAAAUCUACUGUUCUAGUGAACAGUAACUGGAUUUUACAAGUUGGAUCUUGUCGAACAAGUAAAUUAAGAGCUUUUUUAUUUUUAUUUUUUUAAUUCCCACAUUUUGGUGGUGUACACUAGACCCAUGGCUUUUGACUGAUUUUUGAUUGAACAGCUGUGAAACUUGUUGCUUUUCCUACAAAUAGCUGGAAUAUGUCUGUUUCUUGGAGUACUGUAAAUGAUCAGUACUUAACCAUAAACAAUCACUGACUGGAUUGUUGAUCUGCCUGCUUCUCUUAAAUUUAACUGCCACUCGAGCUAUAUUUAGCUGUUAACAUUAACCACGUUAUAUAAGUCUUUUUUUCCCCCUUUUCAUCUGUACACUGAAUGCACGCUUUGUCUUGUUUUGUUUUUAUAGUAACCCGUCAGUCCGGUUUAUGAUGGUUGCAAUGAAGUUUUGUUAACAUUUUAAUUUCAAAAGUUCCAUAUGUAAUAAUGUGUUACAACAUUCUGUCCCAUAAUGCCUCACAAUGGGUUUCCAAUUUUCAAGCUUUCAAAAACAGCUUUCAUUUGUGUAGGAUGGUAAUUUAAUGAGGGUCUGCCAUAAAGGAACAGAGCCUUUCUCCAUAUUUAUUUAACCUAAAUGAAUGACAUAAUAUAACUAUUUAAUGUACUAACCUUUGAAUUUUAUUUCUCCCCACUUUUUUUUUUUUUUAUUGCACACGCAUUUUUUCUGUUGUCAAAUGUUUCCCAUUAGAACAACUAUUUGAAUACGUUUGCUAAAUGCUAAGAACAGCUUGCUGUUCGUAAUAUACUCUUUUAUAUCUGAGCAUGGAAGUGACUGUGUGCUGUGGGUACCUCCUAAAUUAGUUUUUUAAAUGUGUGUUUUGAUAAGUGAUUUAGCUUUCAAUAUGUGAUGUCAUUUGAUAUGAAUUGUACAUAAAUGUCUUAACUGGGACCUCUGCUGGGGAGCCAUGGAGUGGAUGUCCCUGUUCUGAAGAUUAGAGAAUUCUCCAGAACCUCAAUAAAAGCAAUAAUAUGCAACAGUU